UCGCCCGCCGAGGCACACGGCCCGGUGUGGCCUCCGGCUCAGCCGGCUCGGCCGGCCAGCGAGCGGCACCGAGUGGGAGCCCCGGACCCAGCCCAGCCGGUCCUUCCUCAACCUCACCAACAAGCGGAAGGAGUACUCGGAGCGGCGCAUCAUCGGGUACUCCAUGCAGGAGAUGUACGACGUGGUCUCCAACGUGGAGGACUACAAGAACUUCGUGCCCUGGUGCAAGAAGUCGGUGGUGGUCUCCAAGCGGACGGGCCAUGUCAAGGCCCAGCUGGAGGUGGGCUUCCCGCCCGUGGUGGAGCGCUACACCUCCAUCGUCACCCUCGUCCGCCCCCACCUCGUCAAGGCCGUCUGCACGGACGGGCGCCUCUUCAACCACCUGGAGACGAACUGGCGCUUCAGCCCCGGCAUCCCCGGCUACCCCCGCACCAGCACCGUGGAUUUCUCGAUCUCCUUCGAGUUUCGCUCCCUGCUGCACUCGCAGCUGGCCACCGUCUUCUUCGACGAGGUGGUCAAGCAGAUGGUGGCAGCCUUCGAGCGCCGGGCGGCCAAGAACUUCGGUCCCGAGACCCGCAUCCCCCGGGAGCUCAUGUUCCACGAGGUCCACCAGACGUGAGGGCGGCCCGGCCACCACGGACUGUGCCAGGGCCCCGGGGCCACCCACCCUGCGCCCACCCUUCUGAAUAUUUAUUUGAGUGCAUCUCUGCUGCCGUUGCCUCAACUUCCCUCCCGGCCCCGGGGGCGAGAGGUGAUGCUCCUGCGAGCGCGGGGGCUGCCGUGAGCCCCCGGCCCCACUGCAACGCCGCGGGAGCUGCGUCCCAGCGCUGGACUCCCUGGUGUUGUAGCUGAUUUUGGUUUUAAGUUUUGUUUUAGUUCUUGGGAGCUCUCUUUUUUUCCCCCCUUUUGGUCCUUUUUAAACUCCUCUGCAAGGCUGGAUGGUCCCGGCAGCAGGGCAGCUCCUGCGC